CAGAAGCACAGAGAAUCCUUGAAGAAUUUCCUAAUACGGUGGAGGAAAGAGUCCAGGGAGGUUGAAGGAACCGACGAUAAAUCCAGGUUGGCCAUGUUCACGGCGGCAUUACAGGAUGGUCUCCUUCAUACUGAUCUUACAACUCAUCCCCCGGAUACCUUUGAAGAAGCAAUGGUCCGGGCCGAGAGGUAUGUUACCCUUGAGGAAAGGAAGGAGGAGAAGAAAGAGAAGACUCCCAAAGAAGAAGAAAAGGCAGGAAACAAGAAGCCUUUCAAGAACAAAAAGCAGGGCUUCCCGGAUGGCCCAAAGGGCACAAACCCUGGGACCUCGGAGAAGCACAAAUCUGCCAAUCCAGUCUUCACAUUGCCGGUGGCUGAGGUCAUGGCCCAUGCUGCACAGCAGAGACUCAUGACUUAUCCAACCUAUUCCCAGAAGGUCUGCAAUGUGGAGGACACUGGAAAGUGGUGUGCCUACCACCGCAAGAAUGAUCACAACACAGAGAAUUGCUACACUCUAAAGAAUGAGAUGGCGAGGCUAAUCCGCCGGGGCCAUCUGAAGAAGUUUGUACAAGAUGGUGACGCGGGAAAUCCCAGGAACGCUCAGAAUGGGAAGCGUAGAGAUAAGGAGGUGGCCCAGGCUGAGGCCCGGGAAAAACGCCACAUCGGGCUUGAAGAUGAAGAAGAGGACUCUGAGCCUGCACCGCACCGCCAGAAGAGACAUCAUGGGUGUAACUUCAUCAUUGGAGGGAAUACUGGCGGAGACUCGGCUACAAGCCGGAAGAAGUGGGCCAACGCAGCAAUGGUCAAUAAGGUGCUGGCCCUGGAAGGUAAGAAGCUGAAAACUGAGCCAAUUGUAUUUCCUAAUGCUGAUUUGCCAGAAACACGGGUCCCCCAUAGGGACGCCCUGGUGAUCACGAUUGAUAUAAUGGACUUACUGAUCCACAAAACUCUAGUGGAUACGGGAAGUUCUGUUAAUAUCAUGUAUAUGGAUACUUACAAGGCUCUUGGUCUGACAAGAGAUAAGUUGUCACCCAUUAGGACUCCGCUGAUCGGGUUCACUGGCAACUCUAUUGAGCCGGAGGGGGUAAUAACCCUCCCGGUUGAAAUAGGGGAUACUAAGGCCACCCGGAAGUUGGAUAUGGAAUUCGUUGUAGUGGGGAUAAUCUCCAAUACAAACAUCAUCCUGGGCCGACCCGGGUUGGAAGAUCUAGAGUGCGUCAUCUCACCUCAUCAUCUGUGUAUAAAGUUCCCGACUCCCCACGGAGUUGGAAUCGCCAGGGGAUCCCAGAGAGUGUCCCGGGCGUGGUAUUUGAAGGCAACCAAACAGCCUAUCAAGUACGACACCCAAGUGGGGGAGGUGACUGCACAGCUCUUAAGGGCCGAGGAGAGACGUCCCAGAGUAGAAGUUGCCGGCGACAUUGAAGAGGUAGAACUGGAACCGGGCACGCCGAGGAGGUUGGUCAGAAUUGGAAAGGGUCUGAGGGCUGAACUCAGGUCACGAGUGAUCUCAGUCCUUAGAAGGUUCAGGAAAGUCUUUGCAUGGAGUCCAGCUGAUAUGCCAGGGCUGGAUCAUAAGAUUGCAGUCCAUCGCCUUAAUGUCCUGCGAGAUGCUAAACCGGUGAAGCAGAAGCGAAGGCAUUUGUCGCAGGAAAGGAGAGAUUUCGUGAAGAAGGAGUUAGCAAUUGCAGAUUGCGCCAUCAGUACUGUAAUUGUGAGGGAAGAGGAUAGGGCUCAACAUCCGGUCUACUACGUCAGCAAGACCUUGAGAGACGCGGAGUUAAGAUUAUCCCGUCCGGAAAUGGCCAUGUUAGCGGUUUUCUGGUUGGCGAAGAGAUUAACCCCGUACUUUCAGGCUCACCGGAUUGUAGUUCUCACCAAUGAGCCAUUGGCGUCACUCAUCCGGAGUCCGGCGGCAUCUGCUCGGAUGACCAAGUGGGUGGUCUUCAUCAGUCAGUACAAUGUAGAGUUCAGGCCGCAUCCAUCAAUCAAAGGGCAGGCACUCGCCGACUUUCAGUUCCGCGUAUCCAACAAUGAAGCCAAAUAUGAGGCCCUGAUCAAUGGACUGAGAAUUCUCGGCAAGCUGAGAGUAUCCAGAGUUCAGGUAUACAGCGGCUCCCGCUUGAUUGUAGGACAAAUCACUGGGGAGUUUGAAGCAAAGGAAGAAAGGAUGAAGAGAUAUCGAGACUUUUCCUUGGAAAUGUUGGCAAGAUUCGAGUUUAAUCUUGAACACAUACCCCGGGCGCAAAACGCGGAAGCUGAUGUUCUGUCCAAACUCAGCGCAGAAUCACCAGAAUAUAUAAGUAAAUUAGCAACGGUAGAGGAACUCGCAACCCCGAGUCUUAAUAGGGAUGAAUUGUUUUGGGUGUCGGCUGAUCCCCUAGAGUGGGCAGUAGAGGCAAAGGCGCUUAUGGAAGAGAUACACAAAGGAGUAUGUGCUGCACAUCAGGGCCCGUACUCUAUCUCUAGAAGGGCGAUUAUCCAGGGAUAUUUUUGGCCCACAAUGAGGAAGGAUUGCGAGGAGUAUGUGCGCAAGUGCCCAACGUGUCAACAAUUCCAGAAUAUGCCCAGGAGGCCAGCCACGAACUACACGCCCAUCAGCUCUGUGAUUCCCUUCUCAAGAUGGGGAAUUGAUAUUGUGGGAGCCCUGCCAAAAGGGGUUGGACAGGCAAGUAAGGUGAAACCGAGGGCGUUCCAAGUGGGGGAUUACGUCCUGAGGAAGCGAGAGAAGAGUCAACCAACUAAGGGUGGGAAGCUGGCUAAAAAAUAUGAAGGACCUUAUAUCAUCAAGGCUAUCGUCCGCCCAGGGGAUGGAGACCCUGGGAGGAAGGCCUUGCGCCAGAGACCAACCGCGAAGCUCUUGAGUGAGGGCUGCGUCUCUUCUGGGGACGGGACGCGCCAGGACAGCAAGAAGAAGCACCUAUCCUGGCACCGGCAGGAAGCACGUCGGAGUCCUGAAGAACACCGCCUGAUGCCUGUUGGGGGAGAUGAGGAUGGUUCUCCUCCCUAGGCAAGGGAGAAGUCACCGAUUGUUCAGAGGCAAGAGAAGGCCCAGAAGAGAGUUCAGGUGUUGGGGCCCCAAGUGAGGGAAAUGCCAAGGA